UUGUUCCAGUGUACUUCCCUAAAGGAAAAUGCUCAUUCUAGAAGCGAUGGGGAUCCUGAAGUGCAGAAGGAAGUGUUUUCCACUCAGCUGGAUCUUGCGAAACAUUUCGAUCUUCCCAUCGUUAUUCAUUGUCGAUCCGGACCCAGAGGGACUUUCGAUGCAGAAGAGUCUUGCUUGGAAGUGUUGGAGAAAACGGGAAUAUCCGGUUUUCAUAAUAUCCAUCGUCACUGUUUCACUGAAAAUUGGGAUGUGGCGUGCAGAUGGUUGAGGAAAUACCCUAAUAUGUGUUUUGGUUUCACAUCAAUAAUAUCAUCCUGGGAACAAAAUGAAAAAGAGAAGUAUGAAGUUUUGAAACGACUUCCUCUACGAAAAAUUCUGUUGGAAACGGAUGCUCCAUACUUCAGGCCCAACCAGUAUGACUGCGUCAAAGGUGGCAAGAAUCUUUGUCAUUAUGAUAAAAUAUCGUUCCCGCCAAUGGCGGUGAACGUCGCGUUUGUGAUUGCGAAGGCCAAGAAUUUGGAUGUGAAUGAAGUCAUCCGGGAGACCACGAUGAACGCCAAAUUAUUUUACCGCAUCAUGAAUUAUGAUGAGUUAUGA